AAGAUGCUUUGUCACACACUCAUUCUUGUUCACUCUCUCUCAUACUCUUGAAAGCGCAUAUUGCUUUCAAAAUGAUGGUGAUGUCCUCUCCCCUGGUUGGAGGAUCGGGAAGAGGACUUUGCUGGAUGCACUGCCAUAUGACAACGUUAGGGCAAAAUGACAACACUUUCAGUGAUGAAAAUGGAAGAAAGCAGAUGAAGAAGAAGAGGAAGUGGCCAGCAGAGAAGUGCUUUGCAGGCUGAUCCUGAAAUGCUCACAUCUUAGCAGUGCUUGGGAACCCGUCAGAGUCAUGUCUCAGAAAAUGAAGCCCACCAAGCCCAAAUUGAAAUCUGGAAGUGAAAAAACAGAUGGGAGCCAAAAAAAUGGCUCUGGAGCGGACACAAAAAAAUCUGCCACUGUCAAAAGCCCGGUAAAGCGUAAGCCCCAAUCCAAGGCGACAGGAGUGAAUAAAGCAAUAUCUCAAUCGAGCAGCAGUGAAAGUUCGGAUGUGGAUGCCAAGAAGAGGAAAAAAGAUGAACACAGCAGCGGUUCUCUCUUGGAGGCUGUUAAGAAGUCCCGUCUGGACGCAGCUCUGUCUGUAUCAGAGUUUAAAUUCAACAAAAAGAGGGUACGACUGGUGUCCAGUCACGCUGACCUGAACGAUGAUGCCAUGGGAAUUGUAUACUGGAUGUCACGGGAUCAAAGAGUCCAAGAUAAUUGGGCUUUCCUUUAUGCCCAACGCUUGGCUAUGAAACAGAAGCUGCCGUUGCACGUUACUUUCUGUCUGGUGCCGAAAUUCUUGAAUGCAACAAUUCGGCACUAUGGCUUCAUGCUGAAGGGUCUGCAAGAGGUUGCAGAGGAAUGUAAGGGACUAAAUAUCCCUUUCCAUCUGCUUAUUGGAUAUGCCAAGGAUGUUCUUCCAGCCUUUGUGGAGGAGCAUAGUAUUGCUGGGGUGGUGACGGACUUUUCUCCCCUACGUGUCCCCAUGCGGUGGGUUGAAGAUGUUUGUGAGAAGUUACCAAAGGAUGUACCACUUGUGCAGGUGGAUGCACAUAAUAUUGUCCCAUGCUGGUCUGCAUCCAACAAGCAGGAGUAUGGAGCAAGAACCAUCCGCAAAAAAAUUCACGACCAGCUUGCUCAGUUCCUAACAGAAUUUCCACCGGUGACCAAGCACCCAUACACCCCUAAAUUUGAAGCAGAGCCUAUAGAUUGGGAUAAGUGCUAUUCCAGCCUGGAAGUGGAUCGAACAGUCAAAGAAGUAGGCUGGGCAGUACCUGGAACAGUAGGUGGAAUGGGUGUGCUCCAGGAGUUUUUAUCACAACGACUCAAACAUUUUAAUUCUGAUCGAAAUAACCCAACCAAGAGUGCUCUCAGCAACCUGUCACCAUGGUUUCACUUUGGGCAGCUGUCAGUGCAGCGAGCCAUCAUAGAGGUGCAGAAGUACCGCAGCAAGUACAAGGACUCUGUGGACAGUUUUGUGGAGGAAGCUGUGGUCAGGAGAGAGCUUGCUGACAACUUCUGCUACUACAACAAGAACUAUGACAAGGUGGAAGGGGCUUACGACUGGGCUAAAAAUACUCUCAAAGAUCAUGCCAAGGACAAGAGAACUCAUUUGUACACCCUGGAGAAACUGGAAGCUGGCAAAACUCAUGAUCCUCUAUGGAACGCAGCCCAGCUGCAGAUGGUUCAUGAAGGGAAAAUGCAUGGGUUCUUGCGUAUGUACUGGGCUAAAAAAAUUCUUGAGUGGACCACAUCCCCAGAGGAAGCUCUUAAUUUUGCCAUUUACCUCAAUGAUCGCUUUGAGUUGGAUGGACGGGACCCAAACGGAUACGUAGGUUGCAUGUGGUCAAUUUGUGGAAUCCACGACCAAGGCUGGGCAGAACGUGCUGUGUUUGGGAAAAUCCGAUACAUGAACUACCAGGGAUGUAAAAGGAAAUUCGAUGUGGCGGAGUUUGAGCGUCGCUAUCAUCCCAAGAAGUUGGGCUAGUUAUGGCGGUGUAAGAACAUACUAUAUAUGCUCAGGGAGUAUGCAAUAAUAAGCACUUAAAAAGGCUUUUUCAGUCUCUGAUUAUGCAGGACAAAGCCAGAACCUGACUGUUACAAAGCAGAAAGCUGCAUUAAGUAAUUUUCUAUGACAUUUCCGAAAAUUAAGGGCUGUCCUCUCCCAAGCUUAAGGAUUUUUCUAUCAUUAUCAAACUUGUUUGUUAGCAUCACACAUCAAUGUUUACUGUAUUAUUGUAAAAUAAGCGUUAUAUGAAGCAGAAUAAAAAUUUGAUAUGCAGAGCUAGAA